CAUCCCAUCAUUUUAAUUUCCUCUUUUGGACACUUCCCCAACCGAACCCUAGCCUCCGUCGCCGCCGUCUCCGGCGACCCUCUCCCGCCGCAGCCCGCAGCUCCCCCCGCGCGCUCUCCUCGAAUCCCCAGCGAAGCCGGCGCCCGCCGCGCGCUAGCGGGAGGAGGUGGGUCGGUCGGUUCGGCGGCGGGCGUGCGAUUUGGGGGGAGUGGGGGAGGGGGGCGAUGGGGUCGUCGUCGAAGGUGGUGCGGCCGGAGGAGGUGCUGGAUUCGCUCAAGAACGACGGCACCAUCGACGCGCUCCGCAUGAAGAUCAUCGCGCAGCUCAAGGCCAACGAGGAUAUGAAGAAUAAUACUAUGAUGAUGGUCGAGCAAAGCAAAGUUCUAAACACUCCUGGAGCUGAGAAGAAGACUAAGAGGGAAUUGUUUGAUGCACUUCGGCAGGAACUAGAAAAUCCAGUCCUUGAGAAAGCUUCAAGGGAAGUCUGGGAUCUGAUACUUGACACUGAUGGACUCGGGAAAGAGAUCCCUGACACUGUUGAGAAAGUAUUCUCCCGCCUCAGUGGGAUCGACAUGAUGCCACCUCCACCUUCCGCAUCUCUUCUUUCUCAUCAAGAUAGAGAAAUAAACAACAUCCCUGUAGAUGGUGAGAAGAGCAAGGAGUUGGAUACCCCGGAAACAUCAUCUUCAUCAAGGAAGAGGCGCUAUGCUGACACCAUUACAAAAGGUGCGGGCGGUGCAGGCACUAGACCAAAUGGUGGUGUUACAAGCCAGCUCGAUGGAUCUGAGGAGAGCAACUAGAAAAUUUAAGGAUCUGAGGAGAGCAACUAGAAAAUGUAAUGAUUUUUCUAUGGGCUGAAUAAGUGUUGUGUUUUUAUAGUUAUGUCUGUGCACUGGCUCUGGAUGACUUAAUUAACUUUGUAUGACUUGACUAAUAACCAGUAUAGCUAACUCAUUCUGAAUGUG